CUUUUUUGGUGCACAGCAACAUGGCAGCCUGCAGGGGAUUUUUAUUGAGGAGGAUCAAUGACUCGUGUCUGACCUUUCGUAGACAUAAAUUCAAGAAAAAAUGGGCAACAACCCUUCCAAAAAUUCCAUGUUCAAGGCUUGCUUUGCAAUAUUUCGACAUGAAUUACAGCAUGCAGUUUGGAGAUCUAUGGCCUUCAAUUCGUAUUAGUCUUCUCACAGAACAAAAGUAUGGGGCUCUUGUCAAUAAUUUCUCACAUAAGGAGACCGUAUUGAAAAAUCUCAGUGCUUUUAAUGCAAAAGACUUUAUCUCUGAGGCUCAACAUGUGAUAUCAUUAUUGCAAAUACAAAACAAUUUGGACACCUCAGAAAAAAUGACAUCAGGUGAAGCAUCUCUGAAUCUGGUUGGACAGAAAAAUAAUGCAGAGAAAACUCAAGCAACAAACCUGCUUUCAUCUCUUUCUAAUACAAAACUCACAUGUUUCAAAUUUUCCAGGGGUGAUAUAAGUCGUUUUCCUCAAUCAAGGUCAGACAGCUUUGGACUCCUGGAGUAUUACUUAAUGGAUGCCGCCUCACUAUUGCCUGUUUUGGCUCUUGAUGUACAGCAUGGUCAUAGUGUUCUUGAUCUUUGUGCAGCGCCUGGAGGAAAGACUUUGGCGCUUUUACAAACUGAAAAUUGCCAAUAUCUUGCUGCCAAUGACUUGUCUACUUCCCGAAGUAGCCGUCUCCACAGAGUUUUGCGUAGUUAUGUUCCUAGAGCCCAGCGUACAGAGCAUAAAGUGUGCAUCACGUCGCAGGAUGGAAGGCUGUGGGGAGAUGCGGAGGCUAACACAUAUGACAGGGUCUUAGUGGAUGUCCCUUGUACCACUGACCGCCAUUCCCUUUUAGAAGAAGAAAACAACAUCUUCCAUCGUAUAAGGACUAAGCAGCGCCAGAUGUUGCCAUUGUUACAAGCAGAACUGCUUGUGGCUGGGCUACGUGCUGUGAGGCCGGGUGGAGAAGUGGUGUACUCCACCUGUUCUUUGUCACAGUUGCAGAAUGAAUGUGUUGUGGAGAGGGCAGUUGAGCUUGCAGCUUCUGAUCAUGGAGUCCAUGUUAAACCCCAGGACCUUAGCUGCUUCAGGGAAGUUUUCAAGAACACUUUUAACUUUUUUCAAGGGUGCCGUGUAGGAGAAUUAGUCCUUCCUCAUCUCACAGCAAAUUUUGGACCCAUGUUCUUCUGUAAACUUUUAAGAAUUGAAUAAAAACUAAAAAGAUUACUGAAUUGAAGAUAUGUUUAUACCUUAAUUCACCUCUGUAAGUGUUCUCAACUCAACGUUGCAAAUCAUGGAAUACAGAUAUAGUGGUAUGAACAGUGGCGCAUAGGAUGUUCUUGGAAAUUUGUUUUUUUUUUUUUUUUUAAUAUGUUUACAUAUUCUGGCAGUUAUGAGGACAACUCAAUUUCUAUUUUAAUAAAAAAAAAUGUUAGAAA